AUGUGUGCGAACAAUGUACCGCAUGAUUUGAUCAUUGAGAUCUUGCAAGAUGCUGUGGCGGAUAUCAAGAGGUUCAGGGAUAGGGCGAAGCAGGGUAGGCUGAGUAAGGCUGAUAAGGAGCUUGUUGAGCUGUGCAACGACUCCCCGUUCAUGCAACUCGUCCGUGCCGGCUUCAACACCAACCCUCUUCUCCUCGACGUCGCCGCCAUCCUCGAAUGCAGGGCUCUUCAAGAUCUCUCGCUUCCUCUUUUUCGUCUCUUGCUUCAUCUCUCUCACUUGAGAGUCAAUUCCAGUUUCUGGACGAGAAGAAGGCCCGAGGGAAUGAGAGGAGGUGGCACUCAAAGAUGA